CCUCCGGGAACAUGGCAGGGCCGAGCUCCCCGAGCCCCUGGGCAGGAGCAAGAGCAAGAAGCGAAGGAACAGGACAACCUUCAGCACUUUCCAGCUGGAGGAGCUGGAGAAGGUCUUCCAGAAGACACAUUAUCCCGACGUCUACGCCCGUGAGCAGCUGGCACUACGGACGGACCUGACCGAAGCCAGGGUGCAGGUCUGGUUCCAGAACCGACGGGCCAAGUGGCGGAAACGGGAACGUUACGGCAAAAUCCAGGAG